UGAGUGUCUGUGUGUGUGUGUCUGUGUGUGAGUGUGUGUGAGUGUGUGAGGACAGUUGUCGUGCAGCAGGUGCUGCAGCUUGUUGGUGAUUUUUUUAGAAACGACUGAAGCUCCCAGUCAGCUGUGAAUGCAGCGCGAGGCAAAGACCAGAACCCUGAGUGGGACACAACAGACUUCAGACUACGGGACGGACCUGAACACAGUCCUGGAGGGUCCGGAGAGUCCUCGAGGGUCCUGCAGGUGUUUGAGUCAGUGUUUUCUCUCCGGCUAAUUUCCUGGACAGACUCAGGAUCAGUCGAAGUUCUGUCCUUCCUGACUGACACACUGAAGGUGUUUUGGUCUGGAUGAGAUGGACCCUCGCCACAGUAAGCCCCGCCCCCCGCCUGCUGCUGUUUGCUCUGCACGAGCAGACCAGACAAACAGAUGAGAGUCCAUGUUACAACAGACAGACAGACAGAGAGAGAGACAGACGGGUGACACACCACACUGUUUCUGCAGAGCAGAUGGAGCCAAAACACACAGCGUUACCAUGGAAACACUGCAUCCACCUGACGCUGCUGCUGGUCCAGCUGAGUUUACCUGAAGUCGGAGCUUCCUGUCGUAUCCUGAGGUGUAACUCUGACUUCGUGGCUGCGACACUGGACCUGGGCAGCAGCGGAGCAGCAGGAGGAGCACCUGGCGGCGCAGCCCUCAGCAGGGAGGCUAUGAACGCUGGUUACUGCAGCGCCCUGCGCUCCUACUCCAUGUGCACCAAGCGGACGGCGAGGGCGUGUCGCGGGGACCUGGCCUAUCACUCUGCUGUUCAGGGCAUCGAGGACCUGCUCAUCCAGCACCGCUGCCCCCGGGCGGGGCCCACCGCCCUGCCGCGGCCCCUGCCUCCGGGCACGCUGUCCGGAGACGCCUGCCUCUACGAGAGGAGCUUCUCCGCCAGAGAGGGCCGCGAACCAGAGUACCUGCACUGUGGCGUGUUCGGAGACCCGCACGUUCGAACCUUCAACGACGACUUCCAGACGUGCGCCGUGCAGGGGGCGUGGCCUCUUAUAGACAACGAGUACCUGUAUGUACAGGCCACCAGCUCGCCAACACGGCGCAGGACGCACGCCACAGCGCUCACUAAGAUCACCAUCAUCUUUAAGAACUGGCGUCAGUGUGUUGAGCAGCAGCUCUACCAGGCCGAGCUGGACGACGUCCCUGCUGCGUUCGCCGACGGCUCCGUGACCAGCGGCGAGCGGCGAGGUCAGCACAGCCUGACGGUGCGGACUCAGAGUCCUGGCCGACACGCGGAGAUCCGAGCGGCUCACAUCGGCACGCUGCUGGUGGUGCGUCAGAGCGGCCGUUCGCUCAUCCUGUCAGUCCGUGCGCCGCGCAGCGUUGUGGAGGCCUUUGGCCCCGAGCAGGACCUGCAGCUGUGUGUUUGGGGCUGCCCCCCCUCCCAGAGGCUCCACACGCCCCCGGACUCCUCGUCUUCCUCCUCCGCCGUCAGCGCCCAGGCCCACUGCGCUGCGCUGCUUCCUGUCCGAGACGUCUACUACCAGGCCUGUGUGUUUGACCUGAUCACCAGCGGAGACCUGAACUCCAGCGCGGCCGCUGUCAGCGCGCUGCAGGACGCCCAAAACAUGAUCUCUGACGUGCAGAGCGUUCACCUGCUGCCUGUCGCCGCCGCCUUGCGACACCAAGCAAGGCUCGACCUGACGCUGCUUCUGCUGGGCAUGCUGGGAACUCUGACCAGAGCUUGAAUCACUGCACACCACACACCUGUGAUCAUGUGACUGCAACAGGCCCUACAUGGCGUCCAGCUGAGCGCAUUGCAUGAUGGGUAGGGAUUUUGUGUUGGAGGCUCAACUGUGUGAGACUUGGAAAUCACCGCCGGUUGGUCCAGUCCCGACGUCCACAUGCUGUGCGGGCUCACGGCGGUCCUGAUGUCCAUGAGGUCCUCUCACUGGGAGAGUCAGUUGUCCUGCUCCAGUCAUCAAAUGGACCGAGUGGAAAAGUCAUGGCUGUAUGACAGAAGUAGAUACCAGACCCAAAGAUGGCACCUGGUCAGUGCGAUGAGAGCUGCUCCCCUGGCACAUACACCAAAGAAGGUUUCUGUCUUCCCAGUUAGGCGGCCCAUUGAGCAUGUGCAGUAGUGUUUCUGCUGCUGGCCCCGCCCGCUGCUUCCCACCCAUAGACUUUACAUUGCGGUGACAUCAGAUGUGAAAUCUUUUACUGAAAGAAAGUUAAGCAAAGAAAGAGUUCUGCUGGACCUUGUUUGUAGUCCCAUGAGACGCAGGGAAAAUUUUGACUCCAAUACCAUGAGUGACCACUGGGGGGGGCAGGAAGUGACCUGUUUUGUUUAUUUAUUGUAUCUCUGCACUUUGAUCCUGUUUCCUGCAGCAUCAGAUGUUUCAUGUGCAGUUUAAGUCAUCAGUCAGGAAAUGAUGUCAUCCCUUAAAUGUGUACUGAUGGCGUUCAUUGUGUCCAUCUCAUGCGGUGAUGGUGGGGUUUCCAUUUCAUCCACUUCAUCAGCGA